CUACAUUCUACAAGUUAUGGUUAAACAAAAAGCACAAACGAUGUCACCUUAACAUUUUGACAUUUAAUAACCACAAUUGGAGUUAAAUUGUGAGACAUACCAUCUACAUCCCGCAGACGAGGUCCUUAUAAGCUAGAUGAGGCUCAAACUACCACGUGACUCCUUUCGACCAAUCAGAGCGUCGGUUGCAUGUUUUGCUAGGCUUUUCUUGGAGACGACGGUCGACGAACGACUGGGAUGUUUUCAAACCAGCAAUGAACGUCAUACAGCCGUAGGGUACGGUUAACGUCCAGUAUUUAGAACAUAUCAGUUUGUAUUGCGUACUAUACGUUUACUAUCGAGUCCGAAUGAGUUGGCGGAAGCGCAUGAAUCAUUUUAAAGGUGCACGAUGAGCCCGCUGUGCUGUAGCCCUCACAGCUAGUCGGCAGCUGCACCAUGGCCAAACCUGGCAGCGACCGAGAUGGCGCCAUGGUGGACAAGCAGGCGGGAAAGAAGAGCAAGGACAAGCUGUCCCCGUUCACCAAAACGCCAAAGCUGGACCGGAGUGAACUCCUGGGAAAGGAGGCCAAGGCCAAGUCUUCCAUGAAGCGCAAGCUGUCCUUCACCGCCAGCCCGGCCCGCACGGAAGAGCGUGACUCGGACACAGAUGACUCAGACCCAGGGCAGACGAGUGAGGCCUGGGCAGAGAGAUUAGUGCCUCCCUGCAGGAUAUACGCAGAUAAAGAUGGAGGCCCCGACAAGAAGAAGGUUAAGAAGGAGUCCGGGGGCAAGAAGUCCCAGUCGUCCACCCUGUUGUUCGGCUACCCUCUCUCCGAACGCAAGCAGAUGGCUCUCCUCAUGCAGAUGACUGCCAACAGCCCAGACUCCACCCCCAGCCACCCGUCGCAGGUCACCCCCGUGCCCAAGAGGGUGGCCAGCAGCAGCGCGUCCAAGCAGAAGGACAAGGUCAACAAGAGGAACGAGCGCGGGGAGACCACGCUGCACCUCGCCGCCAUCCGCGGGGACUCCAAGCUGGUCAAGGAGCUCAUCAGCCUCGGCGCCGACGUCAACGUCAAGGACUUUGCCGGCUGGACGCCGCUUCACGAGGCCUGUAACCUGGGUUACUACGACGUGGCCAAGGUUCUGAUCUCCGCCGGAGCCGAGGUCAACACCCAGGGGCUAGACGAUGACACGCCCCUCCACGACGCCUCCAGCAGCGGACACAAAGACAUUGUGAAGCUACUCCUACGCCACGGCGGUAAUGCUUUCCAGGCCAACAAGCGUGGGGAGCGGCCCGUGGACGUGGCGGACUCCCAGGAGCUGGAGCAGCUGCUGAAGGGAGAGCUGCCCCUGUCCGACCCGGAGGACAGCUCCUCAGACUCUGAGGACCCGCCGUCCGUCAACCCGUCCAGCGUGGACGACGACCACAUGGAGGAGUCGGACGGAGAGAAGGACUCCGAGGGCAAGCCGUCCGCCCUCAAGGCCUCGCCCUCCGUCUCCGGCCUGGACGAGUAUGAGUUCAAGGACGAAGAGGAGGAGGAAGAUGACGACGAGGAAGAGGAGGAGGAGGAAGAGGAGGAGCCGGCGCUGAACGACCGACACCACUACAGGAGAGAUCUGCGUCAGCGGGAGAAGGAGGAGCGGAACCACGUGACGGCCAAGCCCAGCGCCAAGGCGGAUCCCCCGCCCUCCUCCUCCUCCUCAAAGUCCAAGAAGCCGAAGGCGACGGUGCGAGUCCUGCACUGCAGCACGGACUCCUCCAGCGACGAGCUGGACGGCCUCGCCGCUGCCCCCCUGGAGAGGAGGGGGUCCCCCUCAUGCUCCCAGAGUACCGCCGACACCUUAAAGGCGGAGCCGGCGCGCGUCAAGAAGGACGGCGAACAGAAGGACAAGGGCAAGGUGAAGAGGAAGAGCAAAGGACAGAGCAAGAACAAGGAGAACCAGGAGGACGGCGGCGGCGCCAAGGAGAACGGCAAGGGGCCGGUGUUCUCUGCGGCAGCGGCAGCGACGGAGAGCGCCGAGAAGGGGCGCGGCGACGAGGACUCCUUCAAGAUGUCCUUCAGCCCCAAGGACGACUUGUCGGUGCACCUCUUCCACCUGUCCUCGGUCAAGGCGCCCAAGCUCAACCACGGCCUGCUGUCGGACAAGGCGCCCACGCCGCUGAAGCAGGAGAACGCUAAGACCAGCGCGCCGGCGGCCGACGGCCCCGCCGACGCGGUCAAGUACAUCCACUACACGGACGCCGUGGACUACUGCACGACUGAGGGCUCAAGCACCAAGGGCUGCAAGCACAAGGAGAAGAGCAAGCACCAGCAGCGGGAGCCCCCCCCCCCGGCGGUGGCGGUGGACGGCGACGAAGGCAGCCGCAGCCCCUCCAAGGACGGCAGCCUGGGGAACGUCGCUGAGGGCCCCGACGCGGCGGCGGCGGCGGCGGCGAGGAAGACGGACGCCGACGGCAAGGUGGUGAAGAAGCACAAGCUGAAACACAAGGAGAAGGAGAAGCACCGGCGGGACUACGAGGUGGACCGGAGCCGCCACCGGCAGAAGGAGGCCCGGAAGGACGGCCACAGGAAUCUGGAGUUCGACCGCGAGUUCUGGAAAGAGAACUUUUUCAAGAGCGACGAGGCAGACGAUCCGCCGCCGGCGCCGGCUCCAGGGAAGCGUGAUGGGGAGGGCAGCGACGGCUGCCCGCCGCAGAAAGCCCGAGACGGCUCCCCCGCGAAGGAGGAGCGCCCGGCGAAGGACAAGCACGCCGGCCGCCAGGAGAAGCGCUCCCGGGACGAGAGGGAGAAGGCAGUGAAGAAGGAGCGCAAGGAGGACAAGGGGAAGGAGGGGAAGUGGAGCGAGCGUGAGGAGCGGGCCGACGGCCACGGCUCGGGACGCUUCCCGGCCGAGCCUCCUCAGCAGAGCUCCGCCGUCGCCGCCAAGGAGGAGGAGGAGGAGGAGGAGGAGGAGGAGGAACGCGCCGUGAGCUUCACUCCGGCGGAGCUGGAGCCGCCGCAGGAGCAGCCCGCCGAGAAAGCCGCCAGGGACCGGGGCGACAAGAGGCCGCCGGCCAAGGAGCGCGAGGCGGAGCGGACGGAGAAAAGGCACCCGGAGAAGAAGGUCAAGGCGGAGCCGGCGGACCGGCCCGAGCCGCAGGCCUCGACGGAGCGCUGGAAGGAAAAGGAGAAGAGCGCCGCCAGCUCUUCCUCCCACUGCCCCGGGGAUAAAAGCCACAAGGAGAGGGAAAACGAGAAGCUGAGGUCGGCGUCGACGUCCGCCACCAAGAAGCACCAAGAAGAGAGCAGGAAAAACAAGGAGAGGAACUCUGAGAAGCGCAGCGAGCGGGAAAGGCCGGAGAGGGACUACAAUGGCGGGGAGCACCGGGAGAAGGACCGGCCUGGCACGGAGAAGAAGAGCAAACCGACGGAAAAGCCCUCGGAGAACAGUAAACCCGAGCGCUCCAAGGAGAAGGACGGCGACCGGAAGAAGAAAGACAAGAUGAAAGACGGCGCUCCCGGCCCGGGCUCCAACCUCAAGUCCCUCCUGGAGGAGAAGAGGAGCUACAGCUCCGAGAGCUCCAAGUCCGCCUCCCUCAAACCCAAGGAGGAGGUGGCCAGGACGCCGGAGAAGGAGAGGGACCGCCGCGAGCGGGACCCUGACAGACACCGGGACAAGGACCGGCACCGCGAGCGCUCCCAGUCCACCAAGCUCAGCCGGGCCAAGCCCGGCGAGGCAGACGCCGAGCGGGUCAAGUCCAAGCCCAGCGACGCCGCCCCCGCCGUCGACGCCGAGCGGGCCAAGUCCAAGGCCUCGCCGGCGUCCCGCGACGCCCGGCCCAAGGAGAAGAGGCUGGUGAACGACGACCUGAUGCAGACCAGCUUCGAGCGCAUGCUCAGCCUCAAGGACCAGGAGAUCGAGCAGUGGCACCGCAAGCACCUGGAGAAGAUCAAGCAGAAGGAGCGCGAGAGGCUGAAGCAGCGGCCCUCGGCGGACCCCUCCAAGCCCAAGAGCAAGGACAAGGCGGCCAAGACGGCGGACACCUGCCUGAGCAAGGAGCUGCUGCGCUCCAAGAGCUCCGAGGCCGGGGACAGCCAGAGCCGGGACCGGGCCCCCAAGGACGGCACCGGCUCACGGACGCUGUCCCUCGACGGGAAGAGCCUGUGCUCCCUCAGCGCGAAGGUCAUGGCGAGCAUGGACGGCGCGCUGAGCCGAUCGCCGCGGCCCGACGGCGAGCGCUCCGGCAUCAUGUCCCGGUCCGUCUCCAUGGUCUCCGUGGCGAGCUCGGAGGACUCCUGCCAGGCGGCCGUGCUGACGCCCCGGCCCGCCGAGUACGACUCGGACGUCAACCCCGAGGCGUCGGACUCCCAGCCCCCGCUGCUGCAGUCGUCCCUGGCGUCGCUGCGGGCCGCCCAGUCGCCCUCGGCCCACGACAAAGACUGCGGGGGUCUCCCGGAGGUGCCCCACAGCAGCUGGUCGCCGUUGUCCAACAGACACGAGACCCCUUACCUGAGGGCCAUCCUCGAUGAGGACGCCGGCGCGGCGGCGGAGGACGGGAAAGACGGCGCCGACGCGCCGGAGAACCUCCCUCUGCCCGUUCAGCCCGGAGCGGCCGAGCCCGGAGCGCCGGAGCCCCCGGCAGACCCAGAGGAGGGCUCCAUCGAAGACCCCGCCCCGCCGCAGCACACCGGGGAGAAGGCGGAGGGCGACGCCCACACACAGCGGGAGGAGUCCCGGCCCGAGUACUUCCCGGUGUCGCCGGCCUCCUACCGGGAUGCCUCGUACAGAGACGCCCCGGACAAGGAGCCCUUCAACUCGGAGUCCAACGUCUCCUCGGCUUGCGGGACCCCACCGAGGGCCCCGGAGCAGAGGUCUUCCUCCGAUGAGCCGGCCCCAAGAGAGCUGUACUGGCCCCUGCUGAACGCGCAUACCGAGGAGGAGAGCGCCGGGGACAGCGGCGCGACGCUCGAGCCGACGGCGCCGUCCUCCUCCUCCGCACUCUCUGCGGACACGUCGGGCCUGACCGACGCCCAGGAGCCGGCCCCCUGGCUCUGCCCACAGAGGGACCUCUUCACCGCCACGGAGAGCUCACAGCCCCGAUCCGAGCCCCUGGAGGCCAUGGACGUCGACCGCGAAGAGAAACCGUCUGAAACCGCCAUGGACACGACCGCCACCGCCGCUGAAAGAGCCGGAUGGGACGGCGAGGGGAGCGCGUGGGACGGCUGUGAACGGGAGCGGUCGGCCAGCCCCCCCGUGCCCUCCUCGGCCUUCACACACAUUCCUACCUUCGAGGCGGAAGAGCCGGCGGCGGCGGCGGCCCCCGGCAGAGCCAACCCCGAGGCCAGGUGGGCUCAGGAGGAGUCCGACGUAUAUGAGCAGCUCUACAAGAAGUCCAAACUGUCCACCGACGGCAGGCCGUCGGACGCGGCGCCGCCGGAGAAGGCGGAGCACAGCGCGGCCGGGCCCUCGUCCCCCGGGUUCUACUGCAGGACCCCUGAACACAAGGCCGAGGAGACGCACGUCGCCCCGCAGACCACCGAGACCACCACCGACGACGACGACGUCAACAACAACAACAACGGCGGCGCGGAGGCCAGGCAAGCGUACGUGGAGGGCCCCUCCGCCGACGAAGGCCCUGCCCCGGACACGGCCACCGAGCCGAGCACGGAGCUGGGCCCAGAGCCGACGGAGGCCCCCCCGUCCGAGGAGACGCAGGAGUCCUCUACCUCUACCUCCACCUCGUCGUCAUCGUCGUCCGCCGCAGGAGAGCCGAGCACCUUCCGGCCCCCCCCCCCGGCGGACCACAGCGGCAGCACCUCGGGGUGUUCCUCCCCACAGUCGGGGGACUCAGACAGCUCUGGCGCCAAGGCCAAGGCGCGCUGCCGGGACCACGACGACCCGGACGCCGCCCCCGUGGCCCACCCCCGCAAGAGGAAGAUGCCCAGGGCGUUGCCCUCGCAGAGCGGGGCUCCGCCCCCGCCCCCGGGGAGGGAGACCGGUCAGCAGCAGCAGCAGCUGCAGCACCAGUCGCUGGCGGCCAUCGUGGACUCUGUGAAGCUGGAGGAGAUCGAGCCCUACCAGACGGAGCGGGCCAACCCCUACUACGAGUACCUGCACAUCCGCCGCAAGAUCGAGGAGAAGCGCAAGGUGCUGUGCAGCGUCACGCCGCAGCCGCCGCAGUACUACGACGAGUACGUCACCUUCAACGGCUCCUACCUGCUGGACGGGAACCCGCUCAGCAAGCUGUGCAUCCCCAUGAUUACUCCCCCGCCGUCGUUACCUGAGCCGCUGAAGGAGAUGUUUAAACAACAGGAGGUGAUGCGGAUGAAGCUCCGCCUGCAGCACAGCAUCGAGAGGGAAAAACUCAUCGUUUCCAAUGAACAGGAAGUUUUAAGGGUCCAUUACCGGGCCGCAAGAACACUAGCCAACCAGACGCUCCCGUUCAGUGCCUGUACCGUCCUACUGGAUGCAGAAGUGUACAAUAUGCCUCAAGACGUCCAGACUGACGACGGCAAAACCUCGGUGAGAGAUCGAUUCAACGCCCGUCAGUUCAUGUCCUGGCUGCAAGACGUGGACGAUAAGUUUGACAAACUGAAGACGUGCCUGCUGAUGCGGCAGCAGCACGAGGCGGCGGCGCUGAACGCGGUGCAGCGGCUGGAGUGGCAGCUGAAGCUGCAGGAGCUGGACCUCGCCACCUACAAGUCCACUAGCAUCUUCGAGAUCCCCGAGUUCUACAUCCCCCUGGUGGAGGUCAACGACGACUUCGACCUCACGCCCAUAUGAGAGUGUGGAGCGGAGGGGGGAGGGGGGUCUCUCUCUCUCUCCCUCUCUAACGGCAGACGCAGUGUUGUUUUCCGUCUCCUGUUCCCCCACCUC